AUGAAUGUUUCCGUUCUUCAGAAUCCUAUAAUGGCUACUUCAACACGUGGUAUUCGUAGAAAAAAUCGAUAUACCGAACAUCAAAAUGAUCAAAUGAUACGACGAAGCAUUUGCAUUUCUCAGUUCUUAAAAGAUUCACAAACAGCAUCACUAAAUAACAAUCACAUCAUGUCAGUUAUCAAUGAUAUCAUAAUUUCGACAAAUAAUGAUACCGAAACGGAACCUCAAUCUCAAAUGGGAUUAAUAGUAGAUAGUAAUAAUGUUGAUGCAUUUUUACGUUUAAAUAUUGGCGGUACACAUUUCUUGAUCCGUAAUGAAACCGUUCUACGACGACAAAUUGGUCUCUUAUCUCUUAUCGUUCAAUGGCCACAUGAAAAACGCAUAUUGCUGGUAGAUGCAUACCUUGAAAAUACAAAGGAAUAUUAUUUUGAACGUUCCGCUUUACUAUUUAAUGUUAUUUAUCAAUUUUACCUGACAGGUUUAAUACAUCUACCGGAAAAUUUAUGCCUAAAGGAUUUGCUAAAUGAAUUAAAUUAUUGGUGUAUUGCUCCGGAUAAGUAUUUAGCCGAGUGUUGUUGCUUUGAUAAAAAUAACGAUCAAUUAGAUUCAAUCAAGAGCAGCUCUGAAAUGGAUCAAGCGGAUCAUUUCAGACAUCUCCGAUUUGGAGAAUAUCGAUUACAAAUUUGGAAUCUUAUUGAAAUGCCAUCAAGGUUUGGACGAUCAAAUUAUCGACCUGAUGAGUUAUCUCGUAGUAUCAUCGAUCCAUAA